UGAUAUUACAUCCUUCCUGCUUGUCCAAUCGGGUCUCGACAGACGGCGCCCUUCUUAUAGUAGUAUCUAGCCAUGUCCGAAGGUGCAACACAGGUAGUCAGGUCCUUGUUCGUUACUCUUCGACGAGGCUACGCUGGAACGCCUUGGUUCCAUCGCCGCAUCCUUGAGGCGCUGGGCUUGAAGCACCGUCAUCAAUGCAUAGAAAAGCCAAACAACUCUUCUAUUAGGGGAAUGCUAGCAAAGGUACCCCACCUCAUCAUCGUGGAAACCGACCGCAUGCGCUACCUGCGCGCCCUCAAGGAGUACCACGAACAGGCCCCCCGGGAGCCCUGGAUCCUCACCCACAGCCUCCCACAACAACAAUCACAACCAUCCUCCCAGCAGCAGCUGCCUGCCGGCUCCGCAGCCCUGCCGCUGCCGCCCCCGCCGGCGCCCCGGCUGACGCCGUUUGCCGCGCAGCAGCUGCAGGAGCACGUGCAUGCUACGGGGCUGGAGGGCUACGAGGCGUCGGCGCAGCCGCAGCAGGCCCCGCGCAAGUACUUCCUGGAGCGGGCGAAGCGGUGGCGUGUCAAGGUGCUCACGGAGCGGGGGCUGUUCGGGGCGGAUGCGUGCAAGGAGCAUGCGGAGGCGAUCCGGCCCAAGGCCUACCGCCGGCGGAUCGGGAUACGGGA